AUGUCCUUCAUCUCUCCCUUCGGCACAUCAACGUCGAAACCCGGCCAUGGAUCCAUCGUCCUCGAGAUACUUCCUCCGAAUAAACCUGUCCUUCGAACUGUAUCCUACCAAUAUCCCCUUAAGCUAGUUGCGCCAGAUCCGUUAGCACCACCCAACUAUGGCACGGAAGUGGACCACUACACAACAACAGCAGUACCUUGCCUCAUUCACACAGUCUUCCUAUUGACUUAUGGUGGAGGGAUUGUUGCUGGGGACAGCAUAGAUUUGGACGUUGAACUAGACAGUAGUACACGGCUGAUACUAUUGACACAAGGUUCGACUAAGAUCUUCAAAACCCCAAGUCCAGACCUAGUCUCCCGACAGCAUAUGAACAUAUACCUCAAGCAGGACUCUGCGUUGGUAUAUCUCCCAGAUCCUGUGCAACCUUUUGCGCACACAGCUUUCUCCCAGUCUCAAGUCUAUCACUUGGACAAAGAGCAGGGUAACUUGUGCAUUUGCGAUUGGGUGACAAGUGGCCGUUCAGCACGAGGAGAAAAUUGGGAUAUAUAUGAAUAUAAGAGCCGGAACGAGGUGUGGACUGUAGGUGAUGCAGGGAAGAGAAGACUACUUCUACGAGACAAUCUCAUUCUGGACAAGCAUGGCAAGACCGGAAUGCCACUCGCCUCUCGUAUGGAUAACUACUCCGUGUUUGGGACUUUGAUCAUUCGCGGUCCAAUCUUCUCGUCAGUAGCCAAAUUCUUUCUAGACGAGUUCGAGGCACUACCGCGUAUUGGAGGAAGAAACUGGGGCGACGUCGUGCAGCCUGAGCUUCAAGCACACGAGCAGAGGCGGUACGAGAGGCAACAGCGAGAGAGGAGUGAUGGCCUGACCUCACGUGGUCUUUUUGUCGUCAAUAUGAGCGGCAGGCUCGUCGCGGGCCGCCUUUCCACCAUCGCACGCCGUUCACCGCUGCUCACUCCACGCUUCUACACGACGCAUUCCCUCCCCGCCGGUGGACUCCUCCGCAAUGAAGCCGGCCUGCGGCUGGUGAAGCGACGACCGUGGCCGCUCGGUAGCUACGCGCUGCACAACGUCCCCGCCACACGCUCCAUCUCUUUUGCCAGGGUGAUACCAAAGCUGGUGGGCAAGUUUGCGACCGUGGGUGCGGCUGCUGGAGGGGCUGUCGUCGCAGGGGUUUCCUACAUCCAGUACCAAGCCGGCCAGGCGGGAACAUUUGCGCUCGAUCUCUUCCACCGAACCAAAGACGGCGCGACCGAAUUUGCGGGCGGCGCCCUCAGCACGGCAAACGGCUUCUUCGACCAGCUAGAAAAGGGCUUCAAGUCGACCAAGGAUGAAUUUGAGGGCGUAAAGGCUCCAGAAUGGCUGCAGCGAUUGCUUGCCAAGGACGAAUCUGGUGGUGCAGGAGGCGACAACGGUAACGGCGGUGGCAGAGGCCCAGAGAACCCCAAGCAAGGUGGUGCUGGGACUGCUGCUGCCGGUACGUCAACAGCAGCAGCGUUCGGCUAUUCUCAGGAAGAUGACGAGGACAGGCCGCAGGCGGAGAAGAUCGCAAGAGACGACCAGAUGAUGAUGCUCACUAAGAAGAUGAUUGAGAUCCGCGGGCUCCUACAGACGGUAGGACAGUCCGACUCCCUCACACUGCCGUCUAUCGUCGUUAUCGGAUCACAGUCGUCUGGAAAGAGUUCGGUUUUGGAAGCCAUCGUCGGCCACGAGUUCUUGCCAAAGGGACACAACAUGGUCACACGACGACCUAUCGAGCUCACACUUGUCAACACGCCAGAGGCGCACGCUGAGUACUGCGAAUUCCCUGCCCUCGGUCUUGGAAAGGUCACAGACUUCAGUCAGGUACAGAAGACACUGACAGACUUGAACCUGGCUGUGCCGGCGAGCGACUGUGUGUCUGACGACCCUAUCCAAUUACGAGUCUACUCUCCGAACGUUCCUGAUCUCUCGCUGAUCGAUCUGCCCGGCUACAUCCAAGUCGUUGGUCGAGACCAGCCCCCGCAGCUGAAGGAGAAGAUCUCGCAGUUGUGCGAGAAAUACAUCAAGGCACCCAACGUCAUUCUCGCCAUCUCGGCAGCUGACGUGGAUCUGGCCAACAGCACCGCACUGCGAGCGUCUCGCAGGAUGGAUCCCCGGGGCGAGAGGACUAUCGGUGUUAUUACAAAGAUGGACCUUGUAGAUGCUGAACGUGGUGCCAGUCUGCUCAGCGAUCAAAAGUAUGCUUUGCGUUUGGGAUACGUCGGUGUUGUUUGCCGAGUGCCAGCCGGCGCCGGUGGUUCCAAGCUCUUCAGUCGCGGCAACGGCAACAUCACGAACGCGAUUACGAAGAACGAAAAGGCAUACUUCGGCUCGCAUCCCGAGUUCUCGGAAGGAUCAGAGCUCGCUGUUGGCACCCAGAAUCUCAAGAAGAAGCUCAUGCACGUGCUCGAGCAGACAAUGGCUGGCAGCCUCAAGACAACAAGCGAGGCUAUCCAGAGGGAGCUCGAAGAUGCACGUUACGAGUUUAAAGUUCAGUACAACGAGCGACCUAUCAGCGCAGAGUCGUACCUGGCAGAAUCAUUAGAUGCUUUCAAGCACUCUUUCCGUGGUUUUACUGAGCAGUUCGGUCGCCAGCAAGUCCGCGAUCUGCUGAAGCAUGAACUCGACCAGCAAGUGCUUAAUUUGCUUGCACAACGCUACUGGAACAGGCCUUUCGAUGACCUCAGCGUUCCCUUCCCCGAGACUGAUCCUCUUACAAAUUUAGCCAAAGCCGAUAUCGAUGGGGAAGACCAAAUUUGGCAAAUCAAGCUCGAUAGCUCGAGCGCUGCGCUCACCAAGGCUGGUGUUGGACGUCUGGCAACCAACGUUGUCGCAAGCGCACUCCAGGCACACAUUGAUCGCCUCAUCACGAACUCUCGCUUCGCAGCUCAUCCAUUUGCCCGACAAGCCAUCACUGAUGCUUCAACCUCCAUCCUUAAAGAUCUUUCCUACGACAUCUCUGAUGAGUUGGAAAUCUGCAUCAAGCCCUACAAAUAUCGCAUUGAAGUUGAGGACAAUGAGUGGGCAAAGGGCCGGGAGAACGUCACUGCCGUGCUCAAGGAUGAACUAAAGACUGUUGAAGCCGCCGUUAAGCAGCUCGAAGAACAGGUCGGUGGCCGCAAGAGGGUCCGGGACGUAAUGUCAUUCAUCGAUCGCGUACGUAGCGGACAAGUUGUCCUAGAAGGCGACGGAGUCGGCGGUGCUGGUGGCUUCAGUUCCGCACUUCUUGCCAAAGGUCGAGAAGCAGUCUUCCUCCGCGAUCGUAUCGACGUGCUCAAACUGCGCCUCAUGGCUAUCAAGAGCAAGCAAUGCGCCACCAAGAAGAACAAAUACCACUGCCCUGAAGUCUUCCUCGAUGCUGUCGCUGACAAGCUCACGACGACUGCCGACCUUUUCCUCGACGCUGAGCUCUUAAGCAAGUUCUACUACAUUUUUCCACGUGAGCUCGAUGCCCGUCUAGGUCGCGGCCUCUCUCAAGAAGAAAUCGACCGCUUCGCCAAGGAAGACCCCAAGAUCAAGCGUCAUCUUGACGUGGUGCGUCGCAAGGAUCUCCUCGAACAUGUGCUCAAGGAGAUGGAGGGUCUGCGUCAACUAGAACAAAGAGAGAAGCGCAUGAUGGGACGCGGCCGAGAUGACAGAUAUGAGAGGGAUGAGCGAAGAAAGAAGGGCUGGAGUAUGUUUUAG